UGUUCAUUAUUUUGGUUAGAUAUUAUUCUUAAAAUAGAAAUGUAUUUUGACUAUAAAGACGUUUACUAAAAUGAAACGUAAUUAUAAAGAAUAGGUAUGUUCAUAAAUAAAUUUAAGGAAAAGUCACCAGAUUCUUCAAAAAUGACGUCUUAUAUAAACUUAUUUUUGAAAACUGAAGUAACCUGUAUCCCAAAGCUAUUAAAAAAUUACAUAGGCGACUACUAUAACAAUGCUUUAUUCAAUGGAGCUACAUGGGUGUUUGUAUUAUGGUGUGUUUUACACAUAAUUUUUGAUAAACUAAUUGACGCAUUUCUUAAGAAAUUACGAUACAGAGAGUAUGUUCGAUUAAGACUGAGGAAUAGUCUCUGGUAUUUAGGUUUUUAUGGUACAGCAGUGAUUUACAGUGGUGCAGCUCUAGCCCAAAAUGAAGUAGAAUUAUUUAACUUCAAAAAAAUGCAUGUGCCAUCAAACAGCAAUUUGCCAUCGCAAGUGGUGAUAGGCUAUACUCUAAUUUCAACAUUUUUUCUGCACAGCUCUCUAUGGGAAGGAUUAGCCAAAGAAUAUUUUCUUAAUAUGUUCAGUUAUUUAUUUUUAUUUUUAUUUCUUCUAGCUUCCUAUACACUCAGAGUCGUCGAGAUUUCAUUCACAUUUACUGCUUUAGUUGGUAUAGCUCAGGUAGCAGUUGAAUUUACAAGAUGUUGUUUUAUGUCCUCAACUCAAGACAGUAUUUUAUCUAAAUUCUUUGUUGGUCUUGUGUAUUUUAUGACUUAUGCAAUAUGCUUUGCAGUAUACAUCAUUGUGAUACCACUAACAUUUAUCGUUCCUUUGGGACUGAAGAUAUUGUCCGAUUAUCCGAAUAUUCUGUUGCUAUUUUUGUUUUUUAAUUUGGUUUUAUGGCUGCUUAUAGAAAUUUAUCAGUCGAUCUUGUUCAAAUUUUUGGAUCAUUGGUUUUAUCAUCAAGAAGAAAUCGAAGGUGACAAUUUCUUACAGUGCUCUAUUGGACUUCUUGAAUGUUCCUUGUUCAAACCAAGGGAUGAUAUUUCGUAUAAUUUACAAAUUAUAAAAAGGGAAAUAAAAGCUAGACAAACCAAAAUGAUGUCUUUGAGGAAACCAAAGAAUAAAACCAUGCUUAUUCAGACGCUUAAAUGCAUGGUUGCCAUAAAAAGAAAGUUAACUGAAAAACGUAGAUCUGAUAGUUCAGACUCUGAGUCAGAAAGGUCUGAUAAUAUAAAUACCGAUGAAGACAAUGGAGAACUUUUGUCUGAUCAAGAUGAGGAAACAGAUGAUGAAUCACAGGAUAGUCUUGAUAAUAAGAUAUCUGAACAGAAUGAACAGUCGGAUCAAAAUGAAGAAUCGGAUAAUGGAGAAGUAGAGUCACAAAAUAGUGAAGCAGAAACUGUGAAAGAAACUGCUGAAGGAACUGAUGAAAAAUUGAAGUCGGAAAAGAAUAGUGGUACAUCAGAUAACAAUAAUGAUGAAAAAUCUGAUCUUCAAUUGAAUAAAACCAUUGACAAUGAUGAUAAUACUGCUAAAUUAGCAGAAGCGAUGAUUAAUAUAAAAAAUUUUGAUGAUAGCCUAGCAAUUAAACACCAUGAUGGAGAUAAGAGUACAGUACAAACAAUUAAAGAAGAAACCAAAUCAAAAGAUGAAAAUAGUGGCACCUUGAUAGUUGAAGGGGAUAAUAAUUCUAAAGAAAUUAUCAUAUCAAACAAAAACGAAGAUAAUGAUAAUAAUAAUUCGGUCUUAUCUACAAAUGAUAAUCCAUUACCAGUAUCAGAAGAAGAUACCAAGCAGAACAAAGAAGUUGUAGAAAAUUUACAUCCUAAUACUGAUGCAGAGAUCGAGACAAAUAAUAAAAAGGGUAACUAAUCUGUGCCAUAUAAAAGAUAAAUGUAAAUCCAAAGAUUUUACCUCAACUAAAUAUAAUGUUACCGCUACUAAAUUUACUAAAUGUACUGAGUUUACUGUAUCUAGUCUGUUAAUUUCCAAACGAAUAGUUGGAAAUACUAGUAACUCAAUUAAAUUGAAUAAAACUAAUUUGAAUAAAACUCUAAAUUUUGAAUACCUAUACAAUAGGUAAAAAAAAAUCAAAUUGAUGAUGAUACUUCGCGACAAUCAAUUUAAUUGGAUAGUGGUGUUAAGUAUAAUUAAUAUUCUCACUCGAAUUUUUGUAUUAUUUUCUACAAUAUCAAUUUUCUUUCAGAGUGGGCCAAUUACAAUACUUGGCGGGUUUCUUUUCGGUAUUUUCCUGACAAGGUAGAUAAAGAGUCGUUAAAAUAUCACUAGCUUGAUUUUCAAGAAAAGUUGAACAAUGAAAACCUCAUCUCGAUUUAAAUUUAUUUUAGAGGUACAAGGUUUUUCUCAUUAUUGGUUAUUUUAUGUCAUGUCCAAUAACUUUUUUGUUUGUGAUUUUUUCUUUUAUGAAAUUUGCAUUGAAUUCAGUAUAUGCAAUAUUUUUCUGUAACCUACAAUUUUUCAAUUACAACCCAAAUUACUUAGGCCAGGAUACAAAGCUGGGAAAUGACCAAGCUGAAUUUAUCACUAUAGAUGCUAAAUAUUAUGUACAAUAUAUUAGUUCCCACA